GUACUACAUGGAUGGGCCACGCUAAUCGUGCUUUUGAUUUGCGAAAAAUAAUAACUAUUUUCUCAAAUACUGGAGUUGAAGUGUUGUGUAUUAGUGAACAGUGGAUACAAUUUUCUGUUUGUGCUGCUGACCGCCUUAUUUGGAGAUGGUGAUCCUUACCAGCAGCCGCGCGGACAUGUCAGACGGCCCGGCGACGCCUGAGUGGGACAUCAACGACGCAGUGGUCCCUCGGGUAACCGCCUUCGACCCCUUCGGAGAGUGGUGCGACGGCCACGUGAGGCGCGUCUACCCUCCAGGCUGCGAGGAAGCCAGACGACACGCCUCUGGAUGGGCCAUGAGAAAUACCAAUAACCACAACGUCCAUAUCCUCAAGAAGAGCUGCUUGGGUGUACUGGUCUGCUCAGCAAGGUGUAGACUGCCUGACGGCUCCCGAGUGCAUCUGCGACCCGCUAUAUGUGAUAAGGCGCGAAAGAAACAGCAAGGCAAACCCUGUCCCAAUCGGAUGUGCAACGGCGGCCGUCUAGAAGUCCAGCCGUGCCGAGGUCACUGCGGGUACCCAGUCACGCACUUUUGGCGGCACACAGAGCACGCCAUCUUCUUCCAAGCAAAGGGCGCCCACGACCACCCUCGCCCUGAGGCCAAGGGCGCCAGUGAGGUCCGGAGGACCAUGGGCGCGGGCAGACGCGUGCGAGGCCUCGCCCUGCUGCUGGCCCGUGAGGCCGCCAUAGCAGAUAAAAUACUCACAGUGAAGCCUGAUAAGCAAAUGCCGCAGAAGAUCUGCACGCCACAUCCACAGCCGCCGCCGCUUAUACCGGAUAAUCAACGAGGAUUGACGUGCACAUGUGGUCCUUUCGAAUGCUCGUGUCGCUGGCGCACUGAGCAUCCCACAGAAGCGUACGCGGCACCCGCGUGGUCGCCGGCGGAGGCCCACGGAUACGGCGCCUACGCCCCGCCCGCGCCCCCUGCCCCGCUACAACAGCAAUACGACCCCACAGCACUCCCGGCCGAAGACAUCUUCCACCCCGAAGAAAUAUUCCAGCUAGACCAGCCCAUUCGCCUCGACUUCCCCAUGGAAGAAAACACCCUGGAAUCCCCGCCCACGUUCGCAGACCUCAACGACAAUUCCAGACCCGAAGACGCCUACUGGCUCGACUGGCAGCGAGCGCCCGGUGGUUCAGAAUCCAGCGAAACCCCGUCACCUGAACUCUUCACCCAUGGUUAUCAGCAAGCCGAGGCGUACUGCGAGCAGCAGAACUAUCCGACACAGAUGUACUACCCCGAGGAAGCUCAGUACUAUCCAACAGAGAGUAGGACAUCGCCUGUCAUGGAUAUGCAGGACCAGCGGUACUACAGGUACCAGGACUGCGGCCAGACCAAUAUGGAGAUGCAAGCCAAUUGGAAUUACACCGAUUGUGCGUUUCCCUCCAACGACGCGCCCGAGUGCAAACAGUACUUUGAUGUGCAACACCAUCAGGCCAUGAACGCCUUUAGUGCCCUGUUAUAAUAGUUAUUUUAGCAAUAUGUAAAUAACUCUGUACAGUGUACAUUCCUAGUGAUUAUCGUUUUUGUUAUUACAUACUUAAAAAUUGGAUUGUAUGUACUACUGAUAUGUCUAUAUUAGGUGUAUCGCUAGCUGCAGCCUUUGGUUCCUAUGUCAAUGCUAAUAACAUUAAAUCUCGAUAUUGUUAAGACUAAGAAUAAGUUCGAUCUGUGAGGAAAUAAAAACACAAUUUGUACA